AUUAACAUUAAAAAAAAUAGUAGGUGUUCUGUAAAUAAAGGUAGGAUAAAGAAAUGCUUAGGGGAUAUCCUGGAAAAUAUAGGUAGAAGAGUGAAAACUACUUGGUUUUAUUAUCUGUUUAUAAUACUUUAUCUCUUUAUAGGAGAGAAGCAGUUGCAGUUUUAAAUGCAACAAUAUUGUUUUUACCUUUGUCUCAUCUUCAGUUAUUUCCAUUCCUUUUUGAGAGAUCUCCUUAUUUAUAUCUUUCUCUCUUAGUUUGUUUUCAUUUUACUCAUCUAGUUGUCUGUUGUAUGAGCUCUUCUGCUGGCAGGAGAGAUAGCCAGGCACCAAUGUUUUACACAAAGAAGCCUGAAUACAGGGAAAUGACAGGAAAUUAACAGUUCUUUGAUUUUGUAUAGUUUUUUUUUCUUAAAACUAAGAACUUUUCUUUUUUGUUUAUUUUUUUAAAAUUUAAUGUUUAUUUAUUUUGAGAGAGAGAAAGGGAGACAGAGCACAAGAGGGGGAGGGGCAGAGGGAGAGGGAGACAUAGAAUCCAAAGCAGGCUCUGGGCUCUGAGCUGUCAGAACAGAGCCCGAUGCAGGGCUCAAACUCACAAGCUGUGAGAUCAUGACAUGAGCAGAAGUUGGACGCUCAACCGACUGAACCACCCAGGCACCCCUAAAACUAAGAACUUUUCUUAGUCACAUGAAUCAGCUAAUCAUGAUAUUCCAUAUAUAGUAGACUUUUGGCUUAGGUCUGCUUUCUGAUUCGUUUGAAACUUUAUAUAAGGAGGCUUCUGGUACUGAAUGGGCUUUUGGUCAUCUUUUUCUGACCUGUUAUGUGUGACCUAUACUAUUUGGGACUUUUUUUUUAGAAAUAAGUUAAUUUUUCGAUGAAAAGUGAUGUGUUAGAUUUGCUGGUUUUCUAGCAUCGCCAUAGUAGCACUCCAGGCCAUUUGUGCCAAUACAUUGGCUACUGAGCUAGCUAGUCAGAAUUGAGAUAUGCUGUAAGUGCAAAAUACACAUGGAAUUUUGAAAACUUAGUCCAUAAAAAGGACAUAAAAUAUCUCCUUAAUAAUACUAUUAAAUAUUAAUCAUAUGUUAAAAUAGUAUUUUGGAUUUAUUGAGUUAAAUAAGAUAUACUAUUAAAAUUUCACAGUUUGUAUUUUCCUGCAGCUCCUGAAAAAAUGUUAAAUUCUUUAUAUGGUUCACAUUAUUUCUUUCAGACAAUGCUGGCUUAGAAUGAUUGCAUUGGCUGGGGGGUAGUGACAAAGUGAUAAUUGUUAGGAAAUAAACAAUUCUUAGGAAUUGAAAUUGGGCAAGACUUGUAGUUUUUCUUUUUUGCUUUUAUCUAGUUACCCUUGUAUAGAUAGGGAAAGCAGAUGAAUAACUGUUAGUUAAUUCAUUCUCCAUCACAAAGAAUUAAUUUAAAUUAGCUGGAGAACUGUAUGUGGAACAUAAAUCUUCAGUGUUCUGUUAAUUUAGGUAACUUUCUCUCUUAAGAGAAAAGUUUGGAUGUGGGAUGUGAGGUUAAGAAGGAAUUCAUGAUCCUUAGAUUUGCAACAUAAAAUCUAGUAGAUGGAUGUGCCAUUUAAUGAAAUUAGAAAAAUAGGAAAGAGUGGGUGUAGAAAGAGGACAAACAUGAUUUUGGUUUUGGAUAUGUAAGUUUGAAAUGAUUUUCAGAUACCCAGGUGGAGUUGUCAAAUAUAUAGGUGGAUAUGUGAAUCUGAAAGAGUAAAUGAAGUCUAGAUGAGAUCACCUAAGGAGAGAGUGUAGAUAAAGAAAAGAAGGCCAAUAUGUGGGGACUUGGGUUUUCCAACAUUUAGAGAUAAGGAAGAGGGGGCAGACUCAACAAAAGAGACUAAGAAGAGACAGCCAGAGAGUUAGUAAGAAAACCAGGAAAGCAGCUGGCUAUGGGAGCCUAGAAAGAAAAGAGACUUGUGGAAGGAGGGAGAUGGUUAGUUGUUUCAAAUGUUGCUGUAAGAUCAAGGAUGAAUAGUAUGGAAAAUUGGCUACUGGAUUUAGCCAAGAUGAAUGGUGGGGAUGAAAACCUGACUAGUUGGAUUCAGAUUCUGGUUGGGAAAGUAGAGAUAACAUUCUAGAUUCUAGAUUACUCUUCCAAAGAGAUUCACUGGAAAAUUAGAGUAGAGCAAUUGCAUCAUAGAUGCAAUUGAAUGUAGAGGUACACAACAGCUUUAUUAGAGCCUCUGUUGAUAGGAAUGGUCCUAUACAGAGGGUAGCAGGGCAGAAUCCUUGAGAUAGAGAAAUGUGGGAAGGGAGAUAGGUCAAAGGUUUAGCUCUGAAAAAGAGCAGAAAUGUUUCUUUAGUUUUAGUGGUGGGAGGGCAACAGUAUGAGAUAGAUGCUGAUGGAGAUGACUUCAAAGAUGAGGCAGUUCUCAUCUGAUUGUUGAUAUUGAAAUACCAAAUGGAUUACUCAACUGAGAGAAAACUGUACAGUCAUACCUCAUUGCACAUUGAUAUGCUUUGCAUAUACUGCCUUUUUUUUUUUUUUUUUUUUACAAUUUAAAGAUUUGUGGCAACCCUGCAUUCAAGUCUAUUGGCACCAUUGUUUCAAUAGCAUUUGCUCGCUUUCUGUCCGUGUCACAUUUUCUUAAUUCUCACAGUAUUUCAGACUUUUUUGUUUUUACCAUAUUUGUUAUGGUGAUCUUUGAUUAGUUAUCUUUGAUGUUACUACUGUAAUUGUUUUGGGGUGCCAUGAACUGCACCUGUGUAAGACAGUGAACUUAACUGAUUACUGUGUGUAUUCUGAUUGCUCCACCAACCAGCCGUUACCCCAUCUCUCUCUUCCUGUCCUUGGGCAUUUCUAUUCCCUGAGACACAGCAAGAUAGAAAUUAGGCCAGUUAAUAACUCUAUGAUGGCCUGUAAGUGUUCAAGAGAAAGGAAGAUUCAGACAUCUCUCACUUUAAAUCAAAAGCUAGAAAUGACUUAAGCUUGAUGAGAAGGCAUGUCAAAAGCCAAGAUAAGCCAAAAGGUAGGUCUCAUGUAUCAAACAACCAAGUUGCAAGUGCAAAGGAAAAGUUCUUUAAGGAAAUCAAAAGUGCUGCUGCAGUGAACACAUGAAUAAGAAAGUGAAACAGCCUUAUUGCUGAUACAAAGAAAGUUUUGGUGGUCUGGAUAAAAGAUCAAACCAGCUAUAACAGUCUGUAAGCCAAAACCUAUUCCAGAGUAAAGCCCUAACCCUCUUCAGUUCUGUGAAGGCUGAGAGAGAGCUGCAAAAAAAAAAAAAAAAGUUGAAGCUACAGUAAGUUGACUCAUGAGGUUUAAGGAAAGAAAUCAUCUUAAUAUCAAAGUGCAAGGUUAAGGAAGUGCUUAUGUAGAAGCUACAGCAAGUUAUCCAGUAGAUCUAAGAUAAUAAAGAUGGUGGCUUUACUAAACAACAGAUUUUCGGUGUAGACAACAGCUUUCUAUAGAAACAAGAUGCCAUCUAGCACUUUCAUAGCUAGAAAGGAGAAGUCAGUGUCUUCAAAGCGUUAGAGGACAGGCUGACUCUUGGUAUGAGCUAAUGCAACUAAUGACACUAAGUUGAACUAGUGAUCAUUUACCAUUAUAAAAAUUCUAGAGCCCUUAAGCAUUAUGCUAAAUCUGUGCCUCUGCUUUAUAAAUGGAAGAACAAAGCCUUGAUGAUAGCGCAUCUGUUUACAGCAUGGUCUACUAAAUAUUUUAAGCCUACCGUUGAGGCCUACUGCCCAAGAAAAAAGACUCCUUUCAAACUAUUACUGCUCAUUGACAAUACAGCUGGUCACCCAGGAGCUCUGAGAGGGACAGACAGAUUCAUGUUGUUUUUAUGCCUGCUAACACAGCGUCCAUUCUGUCUCCCUGGAUCAAGGAGUAAUUUUGACACUCAAAUCUUAUUUUGAAAAUACAUAUUAUAAGAUUGUAGCUGCUAUAUGUUGUGAUUCCUCUGAUGGAUCUGGGCAAAGUACAUUGAAAACCUGGAAAGGAUUCACCAUUCUAGAUGCCAUGAAGAACAGUUAUUUGUGGUCUAUAUAUUAACAUUAAUGGAAGUUUGAAACAAGUUGAUUCCAGCUCUCAUGAAUGACUUUGAGGGAUUCAAGACUUCAUUGGAGGAAGUCAAUGCAGAUGUGUUGGAAAGAGCAAGAGAACCAGAAUUAGAAGUGGAGCCUGAAGAUGUGACUGCCUUACUGCAGUGUCAUGAUCAAACUUGAACAGGAGUUGCUUCAUAUGGAUGAACAAAGAGUGAUUUCUUGAUAUGGAAUCUUCUCCUGGUAAAGAUGCUGUGAAGAUUGUUGAAAUGACAACAAAGGAUUUAAAAUAUUAUAUAAACUUAGUUGACAAAGUUGCGGCAGGGUUUGAGAGAAUUAAUCCCAAUUUUGAACGUUCCAAGAGUAAAAUGCUGUCAAACAGCAUUGCAUGCUACAGAAGAAUUGUUCAUGAAAGGAAGAGUCAAUCAAUCAGUGACACAAACUUUAUUGUCUUAUUUUAGGAAAUCACUGUAACUACCCAAUCCUUCAGCAACCACCACCCUGAUCAGUCAGCAUGCAUCAUUAUCAAGACUUUCCACUGCAAAAAGAUUACAAUUCCCUGAGAGUCCCAAUGAUAAUUAGCAUUUUUUAGCAAUAAAGUAUUUUUAAAUUAAGAUAUAUACCUUUUUUUAAAGACAUAAUGCUCUUGCAGUAUGGUUUAAACAUUUAUAUGCAUCAGGAAACCAAAAAAUUCAUUUGACUAUUUUUCUUUCAGUCUUCACUUUAUUGGAAUAUUCGUUUUAUUGUGGUGGUCUGGAAUUAAACCUGCAGUAUAUCUGAGAUAUCUGGAGAAAACAAAUUGCAGACGUGAAUAUUAUCACCAGGAUCUGAAGACUCUAAAGGUUGCUCUUCAGGCUUGUCAUGGAUUUUUUUGGAGAAAGGAAAUCUGUGAAAUUAUGUGAAUAGAGAACAUUUUUCAAAAACCAUGGGGGAAAGAGAAAGAAGUCCAGAUAAUGAUCAAGAAAGUAAGACAGACAAACAUUAUUACUCUUAUUCUUCAUCUGAUUUGGAAACUACUCAACAGUCUUCUGGCCGGUCAUCGCUAGUCAAGUCCUCUUCACCUAAGAGUAAAAAGGGAAAAAAUCCUAAAAGACAGAUUUCAGAUAGCCAAGUACAUCACCAAGCCGCUAGGAAGCCAAGCCCUAAGGAUCCACCAAACAGAAAGGGAGUCCGAGUGGGAUUUCGCUCCCAGAGCCUCAAUAGGGAGCCACUUCGGAAAGAUACUGAUCUUGUUACAAAACGGGUUCUUUCUGCAAGACUGCUAAAAAUCAAUGAAUUGCAGAAUGAAGUAACUGAACUCCAGGUCAAGUUAGCUGAGCUGCUAAAAGAAAAUAAGGCUUUGAAAAGGCUUCAAUACAGACAGGAGAAAGCCCUGAAUAAGUUUGAAGAUACAGAAAAUGAAAUCUCACAACUUAUUGCUCAUCAUAACAAUGAGAUUACAGCACUCAAAGAACGCUUAAGAAAAUCUCAAGAGAAAGAACGGGCAACUGAGAAAAGGGUGAAAGAUACUGAAGGAGAACUAUGUAGGACAAAAUUUUCCUUGCAGAAACUGAAAAAGAUCUCUGAAGCUAGACACCUACCUGAACGAGAUGAUUUGGCAAAGAAACUGGUUUCCGCAGAGUUAAAAUUAGAUGACACCGAGAGAAGAAUUAAGGAACUAUCCAAAAACCUUGAGCUGAGUACCAACAGUUUCCAGCGACAGUUGCUUGCUGAAAGGAAAAGGGCAUAUGAAGCUCAAGAUGAAAAUAAAGUUCUUCAAAAGGAGCUGCAACAACUGUAUCACAAAUUAAAAGAAAAGGAGAGAGAACUGGAUAUAAAAAACAUAUAUUCUAAUCGUCUGCCAAAGUCUUCUCCAAAGAAAGAAAAAGAACUUAGAUCAAGAAAAAAUGCUGCAUGCCAAAGUGAUUUUAUAGACCAGUGUACAAAAGGAGUACAAACCAGUGACGACUUCGAGCUGGAAGAAUUUCCUAUAACACCACAAACAGUUAUGUGUUAUGAAAACAAAUGGGAAGAACCUGAACGUCUUACUUUGGACCUGGAAUUGCAAGAAAGAGGUGAGCAUGAAGAAGCAGGGAUGCUAAACCCAACUGUGAAAAGAGAAGAAAAAUUUGUGAAAGAUCAAGGAUUCCGUGUUGUAAAACAGGAGGUUGAGAAGCCGGAGGAUGAGUGGGAAAGAGAAGAACUUGCUAAAAAGGAAAAAGACAAGGUAUCUUUGCUGGAGAGAGAAGAAAAGCCCGCAUUGGAAACUGGAAGAUACCAAAUGGAAAUGUACCAAAUUCAAAACCUUGGUAAAUUAGAAGAAGAGGAAGAAGAAAGGCUGAAGAGAGAAAUGCUACUUGCUAAACUGAAUGAAAUCAACAGAGAACUUCAAGAUUCUCGGAAUCUAAAAUGCCCUCCUCUGCCAUUGCCACCUGAUUUGGAAUCAAAACUGCACUUCCCAGAGAGAAGCCCCAAAACAUCCAUGUUCUGUGAAUCCUCAGAGAGAGUGUUUAAUGGGCAUCAUUUGCAAGACAUCAGCCACUUUGCUACAAAAGGAGACGGUCAGAAUCCAGGAAGUAUUAGAAGCCCAGCCUCUCCAAAUGAGCUUGCAUUUGGCAGCUAUGUGCCUUCAUUUGCAAAAAACACAUUUGCAAAAACGUCAAAUCCAUUUAGCCAGAAGAGUGGCCUUUUGGAUCUCCAAAGAAACAGUAUAGAGAAACUUGGUAAAGACAGUGUAGAUUUAAUUACAAGAAAAGAGAAAAAAGCUCAUCUGAUGGAACAGUUAUUUGGUGCCAGUGGCAGCAGCAGCACCGUUUCCUCUAAAAGCAGUGACCCAAAUUCUCUGGCUGCCAGCAAAGGAGACUUUGACUCUCUCAGUUUUCCCCCUGGGGAUAAGAGCAGUAGGGAUAGAGAACGUGAUGAAAAUGAUGACUUUUUCCUCAGCGAAGGAAGAAGUUUUAAUCUAAAUAGACACCGAUUGAAACAUGCAAACAGUAAACCAGCAGUAAAAGUAGUUGAAUCUGUAGAAGAUGAGAUUGAAGAGGUAGUCCUGAGAUGACUGAUGACAGUAUAUACUUUCUCAAUUGUAAAUAUUAAAAUAUUUUAAUACAAUAUUUAUUAUACACAUUUAGAAUUUUUAAUAUGAAAAGUCCUUAUUAAGGAAUGAUUUUUAAUAGAGAAAUACAGUGUAAAUGAAAAGUAGAUCAUAUCAUGCCACAUAGCUAGUUUGCCAAGAAUGAAGGAGACUUUUGAAUGAAACCAAAAAUAGAGAUGUAUCUUACUUGGUUUUGACUUUUUAUUUACAAAUUGUUUUACCUUUUAAUCAGAUCUAUAGGAAGUUUUACUCCAUUGGAGUUCAUAUUUAUUUCCUAUUUUUAUCCCUAUUUGUUUACUUAUUUUUGGUCAUAUCCUUACUGACCUAAAUAUAGUCUUCCUCCUGAAAGUUGAGUGGAAAUUAAGGGUGAGAGGCUCUGGGUUAGGAAGCAUAGCUCCCAGAUGGUGGAGAGCUGGUGCUACUUAGCAGCCCUGUGCUCCGUGGGCAGGACAGGGGUCCCUUUCUAACAAACAGGGCAAAGCUGAGCUACUCUUAAGUGGGAGCAGUGACAACACAGGGGCUGCAUUUAUGAGCUGCAUUAAAUCACUUACCUACGUCUGUGCUAACAUCUUAAAUUCAGUAGACAUUUGUCUGUUUGCAUGGAUAAUUCCCCUAUCAUGGCUCCCGGAGGCUUGGGUAUCCUCUCCUUGUUCUCCUACACUCUUUGUAUCACAGUGACUGGGUUUGAGAUUUCAUACCCAAAUACACAAAACUGAAGAGAUUUCAUCCUAAUAUAGAAACUCAAUUAUGUUUCCAGAGUAUGUAACUUGGAAAUUCUAGUAUAUAUUUUAAGGUUUGAACUUAUGUCAAAACCAACAAUAGACAAUGAGAGUGUAAUACUGUUGGACUUGUAGGACUAAUUAUAAAGCAACCUUGGGUUAAAAAUGUUUUAGAGGUGGGCUUCUGCCUUGCUAAGUAGGGCGGAUGUUUUUCUGUUGAAAUGCAUUGGUCUUCUUUUGCUCUUUGUAGCUCACUUCAUCUGCAGAGGAGUUGAUGACCUUGGACUGCUGGGUAUGAUUGGUCUUUAAGAAGCAGUAAUAUACCACCAACCAUGGAGAAAACACUGUUAAAAUGAAGAGUGGUGGAAAUUGUCAGGGGAAGCAUAAAAAAAUGUAGAUUGACACUUAUUCUAAAGUGAGCUUUUUUUCCUUCAAAAAUUUCAAAAAUUUAGUAUGUAUUUGCUAAUGGUAUGACUUCUGAUGCCAAGUAUAUAUACUGAUAGAUGAGGGGACCAGAGUUACUGUUUUACCUUGAGUUCUUAUGAAUGCUGAUUAUUGAAUAUAAUUUCAUAACUAUUUGGCAAGACUUACCUGGAUAGGUCUCUAAUGAAAAGAUAGGCUAUCUGUCAUCUUCUAAAUUGUGUUACUGUCAUUGAUUGGGAACAAUCUCCCAGAAGUGCUAAACUACAUUAAAAUUUUUUUUUAGUAAAGAGGUUUGAUGUCUGAUUAAAAAAAAGCUUGUUGCAAAUCAUUCUAAUAUAUGUAAACCACAUCAUAAUUCAGUUCUUGAUAAAAUAUUAUGUAAUGUUAAUUUUGUUCAUAGCUGCUAAUUUUUCUGCCAAAAGUAUUCUGAUUUUUAGGUUGUUUUAAGAGGCUUUUUGAAAGCCUUUUAGUAAAGUUUUAUAUUGAGAUCA